UCUCUCUCUCUCUCUUUCUAUAUUUUUAGGUACCAUACGGUAGAUUAGAUCCACCGCCCUUUUCGCCGCCGGUACGAUGCCGUCUCGCCGUAGAACUCUCUUGAAGGUCAUCAUCCUCGGCGACAGCGGGGUGGGGAAGACCUCUUUGAUGAAUCAAUAUGUAAAUAAGAAGUUUAGCAAUCAGUACAAGGCGACCAUUGGAGCUGAUUUUUUGACAAAGGAAGUACAGUUUGAGGAUAGGCUCUUCACCUUACAGAUCUGGGAUACGGCUGGUCAGGAGAGAUUCCAGAGCCUAGGUGUUGCUUUCUACCGUGGUGCUGAUUGCUGUGUCCUUGUAUAUGAUGUCAACUCAAUGAAAUCUUUUGACAACCUUAACAACUGGAGAGAAGAAUUCCUUAUCCAGGCAAGCCCCUCAGAUCCAGAGAAUUUCCCAUUUGUUGUUCUGGGAAACAAAAUUGAUGUGGAUGGUGGGAACAGCAGAGUGGUGUCAGAGAAAAAGGCUCGAGCUUGGUGUGCCUCUAAAGGAAAUAUCCCAUACUUUGAGACCUCUGCCAAGGAAGGCAUUAAUGUGGAAGAAGCUUUCCAGUGCAUAGCAAAGAAUGCAUUGAAGACUGGGGAGGAAGAAGAGAUAUAUUUGCCAGACACCAUUGAUGUUGGAACUAGCAGCCAGCCGAGGUCAACAGGAUGUGAGUGCUGAAUAUAUUGUGAUUCUCGUUCUCCUGCAGCAAUAAAUAUCAUCAUGUGACAAAUGAUUCAGCUUCUCAAUCAUCUCAAUGCGAAUUCUUUAUGUGGCUACAUUGUACAUUAUUACUUUAGUAUCUGUGUGAAGCGAAUUGGUCUGUUAAAGUUGGUUGGAUUUAGUUACUUUGUUCCUUCUGUGUCAAGAUCUUGUUUGUUACCCUUUUUGCUAGCCUAUGGCACUAUCAAUUGUUGUUCUGGUACCAGUCGUUUCAUAUUUCAUUAUGAUUAUACUUUUUUGCCUAUAAUAAAGCGGUAGGCGUUGUGCCCC